AUGCGCUUGUACCCGUUCUUGCAUGCCUGUAUGCAUACAGCAUCAAUCAAUCUUUCGCGUUCUAUGAUUGACACUGAACCGGGAGAGCCUAAAACUGUCCCAUUUGCAGCGCCACCCUGUGGCCGGACACACACAACUUUCUUCAGCCCUCAUAGACAAGGACCGAGUAGGCGACUUACGUCUCCCUGCCUCGACGACGAGGCCUCUAGUGGAGGAGAUCGAGGGCUUGGUCUAUGGGCCCACUAUCGAAACUUUUCCAUGUCCAAUAUGUCUCCGUAG